AGACAGCAUCGACCGCUCGCUCGUUCGGCGAUACAACUUGGAAGGAGAGGAAACCCGGAACAGCGGGCUGGUCACGUGUUGGAAGGGCUCCCUAGUGAUAGCAGAAUUUCAAAAAUGAUUAUCCCAGUAAGAUGCUUUACUUGCGGCAAGAUUGUUGGCAAUAAGUGGGAAGCGUACCUUGGGCUACUGCAGGCUGAGUAUACUGAAGGCGAUGCACUAGAUGCAUUAGGGUUGAAGAGGUACUGCUGUCGUCGCAUGCUCCUCGCUCACGUAGAUCUGAUUGAGAAACUGUUGAACUACGCACCACUGGAGAAAUGAGAAGGGGUUUGGUUAAUGGUGCUCAUGUUUUCAACCGAGGACUUUUCACAUUAUCUGAGUAGGGCAGAAGACAAACCACAAUAUCUACAAAUCUGGCCCUUUAAAUAUUCUCAUUCCAACCCUUCUUUAGAUAACCAUUAUCCUUCACUUUGCCAACAUGGACUACAGUGGGAAUUCAUCCCUUUAAAGGUGCUCUUGUUGUACACUAUUUUACAAACUUUCUAAGGAAAAAAUAACUUUUGUAUUUAAUAAAGACUUUUUUGUUAA